AUGUCUCUUCUAUUACGAAGACCACCAGGUCGUGAAGCUUAUCCCGAAGAUGUUUUUUAUUUACAUUCGCGGCUUUCGAAAAGAGCCGCUAAAUUAUGUUCUCAGUUAGGUGAAGGAAGUAUGACUGCUUUACCAAUAGUUGAGACCCAAUCAGGAGAUGUUUCAGCUUAUAUUCCUACUAAUGUAAGGAAAUUUCUCCUUGAGUUACGAGCUUAUUUAAAAACGAAUAAACCUAAAUUCAACGAAAUCAUAUCUUCUACCAAGACAUUCACUAGGGAAGCAGAAGCCAUUUUGAAGGAAGCUAUUCAGGAACAGAUGGAACUCUUUUUACUUCAGGAACAAGUAGAAAAAAAUUGA